AUGAUGCAGAGUAGAGAGGCCAUUGGUGGACCAUCAUCGUCAUCGUCAUCUUCAUCAUCAAGAUCAUCGAGAUCAUCAUCAUCAAAUUCAACAUCAACAACAUCAACAACAUCAACAACAGCAUCAUCAUCAGCUUCAUUGUCAGCAAUGCGAUUUGUGUUGAGACAUAAUCCACGCGAUCCAGAGGUAGAGGAUUCAUUCUAUUAUGAGAACCUAUACUAUACACCAACAAAUACAAUCGGUGGCGGUGGUGGCACUAUCCAUCAGUUACCAACAAGACCAACAACAAUAGUACAACAACAACAAGUACACAAGACAAUAGAUGUUGAAGAUGAACCUCCAUCAACGCACAAUGAUGGUCAUGAUGGUGACCAUGAUGAGGAUAAUGAUGAACAUACAAUUGAUCACAAUGAUGAUGAUGAUAGUGAUGAGGAAUAUCAAGAACAACAACAUGAACAAUGGAAACCACAACAACAACAACAACAACAACAACAACAACAACAACAACAACAACCACCAAGAUAUCAAGCUGAAGCAUGGCAACAACAAGAGUUUGAUCAGAUCAAAGAGCGUACCAAUCAAUUACUUAACAAGGUUAAAGAGAGACUGAGUCGGCAUCUGAAUGUAACGAACAAUAUUCCACAAAGACAACCACAGCCACAACAACAACAACCGGUCAAUAUACACAUCAACAAUGAGGAAGAAGAAGAGGAAGAGGAAGAAGAAGAACAAGAGUAUGAGUAUGAGGAAGUUGACUCUAGUCGGGUCAAUGGACUCCAACAACAACAUCAACAACAUUCAAACAAUAUAUCGAGGAAUCCAGUACCGUCAACGACGACGACAGCGAAUAGCACGACGACAAAGUCAUCAUCAUCGACAUACUUGACAUCGCCAACCCAAACUCCACCAUCAUACUAUCCUCCACUACGAAGUGCAUUGAAGUCGACUUCAGCACAACCACCAUCAUCAACAACAACACAAUCCACAUCUACAGUGGAUAUUGGAUUCAAACUUGGAAUGUUGUACAAUAGCUUGGAACAAGAGUUGAAGGACAUCCAAACCGAUCAGAUGUACUCAAUCAAUCAACAACAAUCAACAAAGUUACAAGAGUUGGCCAAUACCAAGCGUAGACAACUGUCGCUACUCGAUCAAUGUAUCCAAGCGAUGACCAACAACAAUGGUCAGCGAUAG